AUGGCUUUACAUAAUUCCGCUGGGACCUCUGAAGGGGAAAAGAAGGUGCCCACAUAUGAGGAUCUGGGUGCGUUCUAUGGGGAUACCGAUGGCUUUCCACAUGGCUAUAUAUUUGGAUAUAGCAGUCAUCUUCUGCGAAGAAAAGCUAAGGUAAGUAGCACAAGACAAAAAUUAAGUAAACUGCCAAAAUAAAAAAUAAAAAUUGCAACUAAGGUAUUGAAAAAAAUGGUAAUUUGUUGUUGAUUGAACGGUAAAGAAGUCCAUGCGUCUUUAUCAGAGAAGUUCACCUUUGUUUGCUAAUGACUCGUGGUAGCCUAGAUCAAGAUUCAGCACCAUGAACAGCACCCGUGCUUCCGAGGAAAACGUCUUGCUUUUUUGCGGUGCUGAACUUCAAAGCAAGCACUCUCUCUUUCAUAAAACAGACAGGCUACGGAACAGAUACAAUCCCAAACAGAGUAGGCUAUCAUGUCUGCACGAGUAUGCCUUUGAAAGUGAGAAAAAGUUUUAGUGCAACAUAUACAAAACCAGUCAAAAGUUUGGACACACCUACUCAUCCCAGGGUUUUUCUUUAUUUUUUACUAUUUUCUACAUUCUAGAUGUAUAGUUAAGACAUCAAAACUAUGAAAUAACACAUAUGGAAUCAUGUAGUAACCAAAAAAGCGUUAAACAAAUCAAAAUAUAUAUAUUUUAUAUUUGAUAUUCUUCAAAUAGCCACCCUUUGCCUUGAUGACAGCUUUGCACACUCUUGGCUUUCUCUCAACCAGCUUCAUGAGGUAGUCACCUGGAAUGUAUUUCAAUUAACAGGUGUGCUUUGUUAAAAGUUAAUUUGUGGAAUUUAUUUCCUUCUUAAUGACUACUGACCCGUAGCACUCACGUCUGUAGCCAUGAAGUGCUUUGAAAGGCUGGUCAUGGCUCAUAUCAACACCAUUAUCCCAGAAACCCCAGACCCACUCCAAUUUUCAACAUCAUAGUGCCCUCAAAGCUCAUCACUAAGCUAAGGACCCUGGGACUAAACACCUCUCUCUGCAACUGGAUCCUGGACUUCCUGACGGGCCGCCCCCAAGUGGUAAGGGUAGGUAACAUCACAUCUGCCACGCUGAUCCUCAAAACGGGUGCCCCUCAGGGGUGCGUGUUGAACGCUGAGCUGUAGUCAAUGAAUAGCAUUCUCACAUAGGUGAGAUUGCAUCAUCUGUGGAUCUGUUGGGGCGGUAUGCAAAUUGGAGUGGGUCUGGGGUUUCUGGGUAAUGGUGUUGAUAUGAGCCAUGACCAGCCUUUCAAAGCACUUCAUGGCUACAGACAUCAGUGCUACGGGUCGGUAGUCAUUUAGGCAGGUUAUCUUAGUGUCCUUGGGCACGGGGACUAUGGUGGUCUGCUUGAAACAUGUUGGUAUUACAGACUCAGUCAGGGACAGGUUGAAAAUGUCAGUGAAGACACUUGCCAGUUGGUCAGCGCAUGUUCAGAGUACAUGUCCUGGUAAUCCAUCUGGCCCUGCAGCCUUGUGAAUGUUGACCUGUUUACAGAUCUAACUCACAUCGGCUACGGAGCGCGUCCAGGUUAGAGUCCCACUCGUUGAAAGCUGCAGCUCUACCCCUUAGCUCAGUGCGGAUGUUGCCUGUAAUCCAUGGCUUCUGGUUGGGGUAUGUACGUACAGUCACUGUGGGGACGACGUCAUCGAUGCACUUAUUGAUGAAGCCUUUGACUGAUGUGGUGUACUCCUCAAUGCCAUCGGAAGAAUCCUGGAACAUAUUCCAGUCUGUGCUAGAAAAACAGUCCUGUAGCUUAGCAUCUGCGUCAUCUGACCAAUUCCUUAUUGACCAAGUCACUGGUGCUUCCUGCUUGAGUUUUUGCUUGUAAACAGGAAUCAAUAGGAUAGAGUUAUGGCCAGAUUUGCCAAAUGGAGGGUGAGGGAGAGCUUUGUACGCGUCUCUUUGUGUGGAGUAAAUGUGGUCUAGAGUUUUUUUUCCUCUGGUUGGACAUUUAACAUGCUGGUAGAUUAGGUAAAACUGAUUUAAGUUUCCCUGCAUUAGGAUGAGCGUUUUUCUGUUUACUUAUGGCCUUAUACAUCUGUUUCCUCCAGCAUCUUCACAAGGUCCUUUGCUGUUCUGGGAUUAAUUUUCACUUUUCGCACCAAAGUACGUUCAUCUCUAGGAGACAGAACGAGUCUCCUUCCUGAGCGGAUGUCACGCCCUGGCUCUGGGGACUCUUAUAUGUUGAGUCGGGGUGUGGAGCUUCUAUGUGUUAUUUUCUAUGUUGUGUUCUAGUUCGUGUUUUCUAUGUUGGCCAGGGUGGUUCCCAAUCAGAGGCAGCUGAUUCUCGUUGUCUCUGAUUGGGAACCAUACUUAGGCAGCCUGUUGGCACUUUUGUUUUGUGGGAUCUUGAUCCGUAAGGUUUGUGUUUAACCCUAGGACUUCACGUAUCGUUUAUUGUUUUGGUUCGUUGUGUGUACACUAAUAAAAGAAUGUACGCUUAUCACGCUGCGCCUUGGUCUGCUGCUUACAAUGAUUGUGACAGCGGAAUGAUGGCUGCGUGGUCCCAUGGUGUUUAUACUUGCGUACUAUUGUUUGUACAGAUGAACGCGGUACCUUCAGGCGUUUGGAAAUUGCUCCCAAGGGUGAACCAGACUUGUGGAGGUCUACAAUUCUUUUUCUGAGGUCUUGGCUGAUUUCUUUUGAUUUUCCCAUGAUGUCAAGCAAAGAGGCACUGAGUUUGAAGGUAGGCCUUGAAAUACAUCCACAGGUACACAUCCAAUUGGCUCAAAUUAUGUCAAUUAGCCUAUCAGAAGCUUCUAAAGCCUUUACAUCAUGUUCUGGAAUUUUCCAAGCUGUUUAAAGGCACAGUCAACUUAAUGUAUGUAAACGUCUGACACACUGGAAAUGUGAUACAGUGAAUUAUAAGUGAAAUAAUCUGUCUGUAAACAAUUGUUGGAAAGAUUACUUGUGUCAUGCACAAAGUAGAUGUCCUAACCGACUUGCCAAAACUAUAGUUUGUUAACAAGAAAUGUGUGGAGUGGUUGUAAAACGAGUUUUAAUGACUCCAACCUAAGUGUAUGUAAACUUCCGACUUCAACUGUACAUCCCCGAUAUCUCCGUCUCUUUCUCAUGCGAAUGACAGGGAUUUGGGCCUUGUCAGGUGUCUGAAAAAAUCCUUUGCGUCCGACUCGUUAAAGAAAAAAUCUUCGUCCAGUACGUGGUGAGUAAUCGCUGUCCUGAUAUCCAUAAGCUCUUUUCGGUCAUAAGAGACGGUGGCAGAAACAUUAUGUACAAAAUAAGUUACAAAUAACGCGAAAAAACACACACAAUAGCACAAUUGGUUAGGAGCCUGUAAAACGGCAGCCAUCUCCUCCGGCGCCAUUCAAGGGUUUUAACCAUGGUCUGAGGCUAUACAGUGAUCUUAUAUAUAUUUUGGGUUAUGAUGGGGUAUGACAGGCAUUUAUAAGUUAUAUUCUUCAAGAAACAAUGGGUAUAUAUCAGCAAUUGUUUCCCGAUAACGCAUUCGAGAAACACAGAUAGGCUUCGGUGUUGCUGUCAUUCAUUCCUCAUAUAUCAGAUAUCAAUUUUUAUACUGUGAGCCGACAUCAGUAAUCCAUAAUGAAUGAUUGUGUUUCAGAUAAUGGCCAGAUGAGGGCGACAGAGUAAUAAGAACCAAGGUUGUCUUGUUUCAACAGGUGGUGUAGCAGCCUACCCAACCCAAGUACAUUAAGUAGCCUACUACUGAGGAAGGGAUGUCUUCACUAUGAGUAAAUACAUGAGAUCACACAGGUAAACAAAAUAAAUGCAAAUGGUUCCUGAUUACAUAGGUGAGUUGACUGUAAACGAGUAGCUUCAAUAAACAGACCAAGCUCUCUACAUCCUCACUGUAUAUGUGCUUAUAAAUUAUUAAUAUAUACCCAUUGAUUCUUGAAGAAUAUAACUUAUAAAUGCCUCAUCAGCUUAGUUCAACUGUCAUAACCCAGAAUAUAUAUAAGAUAACUGUAUAGCCUCAGACCAUGGUUAAAACUAUACAUUUUAUAUCGUGGAUGGUCAGUCCUUGCAUCCAUAGCUCUGUCUAUGAAAUUGAGAGUGGUUAUACAGUGAGGGAACAAAGUAUUUGAUCCCCUGCUGAUUUUGUACGUUUGCCCACUGACAAAGACAUGAUCAGUCUAUAAUUUUAAUGGUAGGUUUAUUUGAACAGUGAGAGACAGAAUAACAAAAAAAUCCAGAAAAACGCAUGUCAAAAAUGUUAUUAAUUGAUUUGCAUUUUAAUGAGGGAAAUAAUUAUUUGACCCCUCUGCAAAACAUGACUUAGUACUUGGUGGCAAAACCCUUGUUGGCAAUUACAGAGGUCAGACAUUUCUUGUAGUUGGCCACCAGGUUUGCAUACAUCUCAGGAGGGAUUUUGUUCCACUCCUCUUUGCAGAUCUUCUCCAAGUCAUUAAGGUUUCGAAGCUGACAUUUGGCAACUCGAACCUUCAGCUCCCUCCACAGAUUUUCUAUGGGAUUAUGGUCUGGAGACUGGCUAGGCCACUCUAGGACCUUAAUGUGCUUCUUCUUGAGCCACUCCUUUGUUGCCUUGGCCGUGUGUUUUGGGUCAUUGUCAUGCUGGAAUACCCAUCCACGACCCAUUUGCAAUGCCCUGGCUGAGGGAAGGAGGUUCUCACACAAGAUUUGAGGGUACAUGGCCCCGUCCAUCGUCCCUUUGAUGCAGUGAAGUUGUCCUGUCCCCUUAGCAGAAAAACACCCCCAAAGCAUAAUGUUUCCACUUCCAUGUUUGACAGUGGGGAUGGUGUUCUUGGGGUCAUAGGCAGCAUUCCUCCUCCUCCAAACACGGCGAGUUGAGUUGAUGCCAAAGAGCUCCAUUUUGGUCUCAUCUGACCACAACACUUUCACCCAGUUCUCCUCUGAAUCAUUCAGAUGUUCAUUGGCAAACUUCAGACGGCCCUGUAUAUGUGCUUUCUUGAGUAGGGGGACCUUGCGGGCGCUGCAGGAUUUCAGUUCUUCACGGCGUAGUGUGUUCCCAAUUGUUUUCUUGGUGACUAUUGUCCCAGCUGCCUUGAGAUCAUUGACAAGAUCCUCCUGUGUAGUUCUGGGCAGAUUCCUCACCAUUCCCAUCAUCAUUCCAACUCCACGAGGUGAGAUCUUGCAUGGAGCCCCAGGCCGAGGGAGAUUGACAGAUAUUUUGUGUUUUUUCCAUUUGCGAAUAUUCGCACCAGCUGUUGUCACCUUCUCACCAAGCUGCUUGGCGAUGGUCUUGUAGCCCAUUCCAGCCUUGUGUAGGUCUACAAUCUUUUCCCUGACAUCCUUGGAGAGCUCUUUGGUCUUGGCCAUGGUGGAGAGUUUGGAAUCUGAUUGAUUGCUUCUGUGGACAGGUGUCUUUUAUACAGGUAACAAACUGAGAUUAGGAGCACUCCCUUUAAGAGUGUGCUCCUAAUCUCAGCUCAUUACCUGUAUAAAAGACACCUGGGAGCCAGAAAUCUUUCUGAUUGAGAGAGGGUCAAAUACUUAUUUCCCUCAUUAAAAUGCAAAUCAAUUUAUAAAAAUUUUUACAUGCGUUUUUCUGGAUUUUUUUGUUGUUAUUCUGUCUCUCACUGUUCAAAUAAACCUACCAUUAAACUUAUAGACUGCUCAUUUCUUUGUCAGUGGGAAAACGUACAAAAUCAGCAGGGGAUCAAAUACUUUUUUCCCUCACUGUAUUUCUCCAGCCCCAUCACUUUAGUGAAACAGGGGUGGGGAAAGGCUUCUUUAAUGUUUCAAUUAAGGGUUCCAGCUUUAAAGGUGCAAAAUGCAUAAAUCGUUCCACCAUUUCCUCUUUGCUAAAAUUCUAAUAGUUUGCCUAAUUUCAGUUUAUAUGACAAAACAAUAAGUUAUUGUGUGGAGAAUCAUUGUACCAUCUAACCCUCUGUGAAAUAUAUUUUCCAUAACGACAAAUAUUGUAUUUUCCGCUGUUCAAAGCUGUAUAAGAGCGUCUGCUAAAUGACUAAAAUGUAAAUGUAUACAAAACCGAAAGUAAAAGACGCAAAAAACUAAACUUAAGAACUGGAACCAUAGAAAUAACGUGCAUAGAACAGAUCUACCGCUUUUUAGACUUGCUUUCAAUGAGAAUGUCAGAUAUAUAACUCACAUUUACAGUGGGGAAAAAAGUAUUUAGUCAGCCACCAAUUGUGCAAGUUCUCCCACUUAAAAAGAUGAGAGAGGCCUGUAAUUUUCAUCAUAGGUUCAAGUCAACUAUGACAGACCAAAUUAGAAAAAAAAUCCAGAAAAUCACAUUGUAGGAUUUUUAAUGAAUUUAUUUGCAAAUUAUGGUGGAAAAUAAGUAUUUGGUCAAUAACAAAAGUUUCUCAAUACUUUGUUAUAUACCCUUUGUUGGCAAUGACACAGGUCAAACGUUUUCUGUAAGUCUUCACAAGGUUUUCACACACUGUUGCUGGUAUUUUGGCCCAUUCCUCCAUGCAGAUCUCCUCUAGAGCAGUGAUGUUUUGGGGCUGUCACUGGGCAACACAGACUUUCAACUCCCUCCAAAGAUUUUCUAUGGGGUUGAGAUCUGGAGACUGGCUAGGCCACUCCAGGACCUUGAAAUGCUUCUUACGAAGCCACUCCUUCGUUGCCCGUGCGGUGUGUUUGGGAUCAUUGUCAUGCUGAAAGACCCAGCCACAUUUCAUCUUCAACGCCCUUGCUGAUGGAAGGAGGUUUUCACUCAAAAUCUCACGAUACAUGGCCCCAUUCAUUCUUUCCUUUACACGGAUCAGUCGUCCUGGUCCCUUUGCAGAAAAACAGCCCCAAAGCAUGAUGUUUCCACCCCCAUGCUUCACAGUAGGUAUGGUGUUCUUUGGAUGCAACUCAGCAUUCUUUGUCCUCCAAACACGACGAGUUUAGUUUUUACCAAAAAGUUAUAUUUUGGUUUCAUCUGACCAUAUGACAUUCUCCCAAUCCUCUUCUGGAUCAUCCAAAUGCACUCUAGCAAACUUCAGACGGGCCUGGACAUGUACUGGCUUAAGCAGGGGGACACGUCUGGCACUGCAGGAUUUGAGUCCCUGGCGGCGUAGUGUGUUACUGAUGGUAGGCUUUGUUACUUUGGUCCCAGCUCUCUGCAGGCCAUUCACUAGGGCCCCCUGUGUGGUUCUGGGAUUUUUUGCUUGUGAUCAUUUUGACCCCACGGGGUGAGAUCUUGCGUGGAGCCCCAGAUCGAGGGAGAUUAUCAGUGGUCUUGUAUGUCUUCCAUUUCCUAAUAAUUGCUCCCACAGUUGAUUUCUUCAAACCAAGCUGCUUACCUAUUGCAGAUUCAGUCUUCCCAGCCUGGUGCAGGUCUACAAUUUUGUUUCUGGUGUCCUUUGACAGCUCUUUGGUCUUGGCCAUAGUGGAGUUUGGAGUUUGACUGUUUGAGGUUGUGGACAGGUGUCUUUUAUACUGAUAACAAGUUCAAACAGGUGCCAUUAAUACAGGUAACGAGUGGAGGACAGAGGAUCCUCUUAAAGAAGAAGAAGUUACAGGUCUGUGAGAGCCAGAAAUCUUGCUUGUUUGUAGGUGACCAAAUACAUAUUUUCCACCAUAAUUUGCAAAUAAAUUCAUUAAAAAUCCUACAAUGUGAUUUUCUGGAUUUUUUUUCUUCUCAAUUUGUCUGUCAUAGUUGACGUGUACCUAUGAUGAAAAUUACACGCCUCUCUCAUCUUUUUAAGUGGGAGAACUUGCACAAUUGGUGGCUGACUAAAUACUUUUUUCCCCCACUGUAUAUCACCCAACAAGUUACAUAUUGCAGCUUUAAGGAUGUGGUUCAGAAAUUGAAACAGUAGGUUAAUUCUUGUCAUCAGGAGGGAACACUUUUGAUAUACAUUUUGGCAAAGUAAUAAGAGUUUUAUUACAGUCAAUCAAUACAAAAUUAUACUGUUUAAUCUCUAUUUUUCACGAUCUCUAUUAUGUGCAGUCGAAUUGUGAAACUGAAGUUGCAUGACAGAGCGCCCCAUAUCCCCUAGUCAUCAACCAUCCUAUCACAAAAUUAGAGUGUGUUGAGACUGACUCCACCCAUCCCAUGUAGGCUAUUACUUCAUCCGACAGAACAUCCCACCAAGUUGAAUUAAUAACUUCACUCCUAUCGCUGUCAGUCGCGCUGUGGGAAUGAAUUAAACUGCCAAGGGACCACUGCGAGGACUAUCUUAUCACCAUACAUUUUCCUGAGGGAUUUACCAAGCUAUGGAAGGGCCAACUCGUCACCAAUAAACGUGGGAACUGUAGGCAAUAACAUUAGAUAGGCUGAAGGUUCGAUCGAAAAAGUGUGUGAGUUGGUAAGUACUCACAGUAUGGGAAAACAGCUCGAGGACGCAAACCAGACUACAGGAGAUAUACGGUGAGGCACCUUGAGUAAAUCGAUGGAUGACAUUUCAGAUGUCUGAGAUGAGUUGACUAUUCAAUUUAUUUGCUAUGCAUUGUCUAAAGUAAAACAUCAGUCCCUGACUAUGGGCUAUCCUUUUUGUUUAUAUGGAGACCUUUGCAUAUCACAUUUAAAGGGGCAAUCUGCGAUUGAUGCAUAAAUUUUUGAACUUUUAAAUGAAUCAUUUAUAUUAAACUCUUUAUCCUUGAAGAAUAUAACUUAUAAAUGCCUCAUGUGCUUAGUUCAACUGUCAUAGCCCAUCAGAACCCAAAAUAUAAGCCGGUUUUACUACAUUAUUUGUAAAAAAUAAAUGCCAUUGUUAACAAACAUUUUAUAGCCUCAAGACAUAGUUAAAACUAUAAUUUUGAUCUCAUGGAUGGUCAGUCCUUGCAUCCAUAGCUCUGUUUCUGAAUUUGAGGGUGAAUACAUUUCCUCAGCCCUAUCCCUCAGCUGUUUACCAAAUCAUUGGCGGGCAGCUUUGCCCACUUUGUUGUUGUUUGAACAGCAGAUUGCCCCUUUAACCUAUCACCUUAAACCUAAUUGCACUGGUGAAUGUGAUUUUCUACACCAGUGCAUUAUUAUCAAAUACAAGUCUCCAUCGUACAGGUGUGCAAAUGACUGCUUCUUACUGUAUCGGGAACUGGUAAGCAUACAGACACGUCGCUUAAAACUUAGUAAAGUUGUAUUUUCUUCCCUGUUUUAAAAGGUUGUUGAGGGAGAGAACCAGAUAUCUCUGGGUGUCAAUCCAAGGAAGAGGCUUUACUCGGUGCCGGCAGAGGAUGUCGAAUAUGGCGGCCGGCGAAACCCAGAGGGCGCUGGGUCAGUGUCCAUGAUGGAGUUGAGUCACUACGGGGAAAAGGGAGUAGGCGAGGGGACCUUGUGCCAACGAUGUCAGAUCAUCGCUACAGAACUGAACAGGAAAGCACUGGCGUUGGCUGACCCUGCAUCACUGAAG